UCCAAGUGCUCAGACGCUUUGAACUGCGACAGAAAGAAAAAGAGGGGAGAUUUGUUUUCUUCUCUUGAUAUUUUCCUGUAUGUUCGUCAAAGGUUUUUCAUUUGGGAUUUCAUGGAAGAGCUGAUUAGGAGUUUUUAACGGCGCAAUCAAAUGUAGUAACAGCGAUAGGGAUUCAUAUUAACCUUAAAUUAAGUACACUCUCCUCCUCUAAAUUCAAGUUUAUUCGGGCAAACCUUUAUGUUCCAUUCGUAAAGAAUAAAGAGACUAUAACCUGGUAUUGAGUUUGCCACUUCAUAAAAGCUCCUAUUCAACGAGUGUAACAGGGACUUUGUUUCCAUAUCAGUGGAGAUUUUAUCCAGUUACCUUUUUCAUUUGCAUAUGACACCCGCUACCGAAUUACACGCAGGUGCUCAGUCUGCAUCUCUCCCUCUUAGACUGAGCAACAUCUGCUGCUUCGUCUUUGUCCUCUUCCAAUUAAGUUACAUUUAUUUCUUAUCACAGUAGAAGCGUGUAUACCCUUAACGAGUGCUAACAAUGUGCUCUUUUUGCAGCUACAAAUGUUGCUUCAUUUUCUUCAAUUUUCUUUUCUUGGUCUCUGGGGUCGCUCUCAUCAUUAUCGGAGUGAAGGAGCACUCAACCUACUUGCUGUUGGGCACUUUCGCGAUGCAAAGCCUUUCUAAAAUCACCAUUGUCCUCAUUGCAGUGGGUGUUGCUAUAACCCUCGUCUCCCUGCUCGGUCAUUUAGGGGCAUUCUUCAACGUUAAGACUAUGGUGUCUUGUUUUGUCUGCAUCCUGAUCAUCGUUAUCAUUUUGGAGGUACUCACAGGGGCCGUCUUUUACUUGGUCGGCAAAAGGACCGUCCUUCUGAAGCUGAAGGAUUCUAUCAACGGCAAAACGCUGAAUGUGAUGCAUGACUUCACCCCGGAGAAGAGAUGCGCCCUUGAAGAAAUUCAGGAAAAGUUCAAGUGCUGCGGCACAUUCGGCCCCGGCGACUGGUCCACCACCGUUGGCUGGGAGAACCACGAGGCCGUGCCAGAUUCUUGCUGCGUGGUGAAGACUGAGCACUGCGGACAGAACAUGACGAACAUACACUCAAAGGGUUGUGUCAAGAACAUCGCCGUCUUUAUGAUGAAAAACCUGCUGUGGGUUGCCAUUGUCUGCGUUGUCCUUGGAAUCUCAGAGGUUUUCGGAGUACUCGUGGGGGUGUGCUUCAGAAUGAACAUGAAGCAAAAAAGCUACGAAAACAUGAGCUGAAGCCUCGUCGGGAAAAAGCACAGCUAACUUCUUGCAUCAUUGACACAUUUUACCUUUUCAUCUGCUUUUCCAGUCUAUUCUUUCUUAAAUUUGACAGAAAAAUGUAGUUCAUGUGAUCAUGUCACUGAUGUGUUUGAAAAAA